AUCUUUUGGCACGACGAAGAAGAAGGAGGAUAAACCCUCCAAUGGCUUUGCUCUUUGGGGCAGCUCUUGGAAGUCGAGCAGUAAAACUAAGAAUCGAGAACCCACGACCUCGCGAGAAACCUGACGAGCUCGAGAAAUAUCAAGAAUAGAUUCUAAACUAUGAGCCUCUGGAGCCUCCUUGGGAAAGCUGGAGGUUGGUCUGUCAACAAAUUCCGCACCAUCAUCAGCAAGAAAUGGCUUACACUAACAUGCGUCCUCACCAGUCGUCUAUGGCUUCGAAAUUCUCUCCCAGGUCAAGAGCAAUACCAACGUAUAGCGACAACGAUCAUCUGGCUAACAGUCGCUCAAAAUCGCAAACUGAUAGCUGAGCUGUGGGCCCUUCCAGAUUCCAAACUUGAACGGCGCGAGGAGCGUCUCCAAGACGCCAAGUGUGAUGGGCACACGUGACGGAGCAUGGGCGGACAUCAGGUGUCGUGGAUUUGGUUUCCUAUUUUGGGUAAUGCUUAUAUCGGAAUUGCACGGAUUACGCGGGAUUAUGUUUUCUAAUUAAGUAAGGGGCUUUAUAUGCUUGGCUAAGCACUAGGGAAUAAAUAGGGAGACGCACGUAGCUCUGGAAAGGGGCAUUGAUUAGUCUUUUAUUGGAAUUACUUCUUGGAAUCAGUUACACUUGCAAG